AUGAAGUUCACGAUUGAUGUUUUGGGCAUAUUUUUGAAAGUAGUCGUUAGGGUAAACAGAGUGACGUUUGCACCAUUAGUGGUAUCUACACUCUUUAUCCUGCUAACAUCUCUACUGGCACACUGUGCGAGAAGAUUGGUCCAGAAGAUUGUGAAGGAAUCCUUUGUGAGGCUGCUUCUAGAAGAAGCCAUAGCUGCCGCUGAGCUAUGUGGAUGUUGUUUUGAACUUAUCGUUGUGGCAGAUAACUUUGGGGUAGCAACAUACGCUAUAUUUUUAUUCGCGCUUACGAUUUGGUGGUCAUUGAACUGGGGGGAUGCGACGGCAUGUCCAUAUACACACAUCGAAGAUGUUAUUGAAGGCAAAGGCGACGUACGGAAGGCUUUAUUGAUAACUUGGGCGGAGUUGACGGGAGGGUUGUUGGUCUUCAAAUACGUUCAAAUGUACUGGGUAUUGGAGAUUGCUGAAACGCAUAAAAAUAAAGCUUUCGAAGACUGCACGGCGGAUUUACAGGUGCCGGUUUUGUAUGGAGCAGUCGUAGAAGGCAUAGCGACUUGUAUCUGCAGAAUUGCCUCAAGAGGUCUCAGUGACUUGAACCCAAGAUUCUCUACUGCUAUUGACUCUUUCAUCGGAACAUCACUAGUUGUUGCUGCUUUCGACUACUCAGGUGGUUACUUCAAUCCAGUUUUAGCCACGUCGAUUAAAGCAGGAUGUGAAGGCCAUACUUUAAUAGAGCAUGCUGCAGUGUAUUGGCUAGGGGCUUGUACUGGAUCCAUCAUAUCGGUGUACUUGUACAAGUUACCAGUUAUCCAGAAAUAUGUAAGAGGAACUACAGAAGUCAAUGGUGACAGCAUUUGGGCAGAUAAAGAAGAU